AUGGCCCCCAACGGCUCGGUGGGAAUUCGGGAUUCCCCCCUGGAGCCGGGGAUUUUCCUGGACGAGGAUUUGGGAUCCGACUGGUACAUCUACGAAUCCACCGAGUCCGCGGCCCAGGAUGACCUUUUUCCCGACGCCAUCCCGGAAUGCCACCCCACCCUCUCCCCCCGGCUGUACCACACCAUCAUGGCUCCCGUUUCCCUGGCCGUGCUCCUGGCCUUGUCCUUCCUGGUCAAGCGCCGCCGGCUCCACCGGAACUGCUGGAACGGCGUCCCGGGAUUGCUCAGGGUGGUGUCCCCGUGUCCCCGGGGUGGUGGCGAUGUCCCCAUGUCCCCACGCGAGUUCUGGAAGGUUCUGGCCCUGCUCUACGUGCCGGCGCUCUACUCGCCGCUGCUGGCCUGCGCCGGGCCCCGGCACCGCCUGGCCUACGCCGCGGGGACCCUGCUGGCCUGGGGACACUGCGGGGCGCACGCCUGGCAGCGCGCGCAGUGUCCCCUGGCGCCCCAGAUUUCCGGGAAAAGCUAUUACAGGAAGUACCUCAAGGCCUUGCUGUCCAAACGGGGUCAGAAGGGGAGCUCCAAGAUCGAUGAGAGCCUCAGCUCCCGGAUCCGCUCCUACCUGCGCUCCUACAUCUACAUUCCCGAGGAAGGAUUCCGGAUCCCGCUGAAGCUGGUGGUGUCCGUCACCGUGGCCAUUGUCGCCGUCUACCAGGUGGCCCUGCUGCUGCUGCUGGCCGUGGUGCCGGCGCUGCGGAUCGUGCGGGCGGGGCUGAGCGCGGACGUGGUGCUGCUGCUGGUGCAGCUGGGGCUGGUGCCCUCGCAGGGCGCGGCCGGGCCCGGGCGGCUGGAGCAGGAGCUGCGCACCGCCCGACUCUUCCUGCGGGCCCUGGAAGUGUGCUACAUCUUCUCGCUGGCGCUGUGCUGUCUGCUGACCUGCGCCAUGCUGCUCCGGAGCCUGGCCAUGCACAGGUCCAACCUGCGGGCGCUCUACCAGGGCGCCGUGCUGGAUGUCUUCUCCAAGGCCCACAUCCUGCGGCCUUCCCGGGAAUCCCUGGUCUGCUGGAUGGCCUUCUCCAGCUUCCAGGCGGCCUUCGCCUGCCUGGGUACCGGGAUUUUGGGAUCACGAAUCUUCCCAAUAUUUUGGGAUGUUCCCGAUGUUUUGGCCCAUUCCCGGUGUUCUUCCAGGCCCUUCUGGCUGGCCCUGGUGGUGGCCGUGCUCCUGCAGCAUUUCCUGGCCCAUUCCCAGUUCCUGGAGCAGCAUUCCCUGCAGAAGGAGAUCACCAACAGGCGCGCGCUGUACAUCGUCACCUUCCUGCUCUUCCCCACCAAUGUCCUGGUGGGCGUCAUGGCCGCCGUGUGGCGCGUGGUCAUCUCCGGCCUCUACAACGCCGUCCACUUCUGCCGCCUGGACAUCAGCCUGAUGCACCGCGGCGUGGAGACCUUCGACCCAGCAUCCCAACCCUCUCCAGGCCCUGAAUCCUCUCCCUGCUGCUCCCGUCUCCUUCCAGGCCUCCAGCUGAUGCAUCCCAAGCCCCCGGCUCCGGGAAGAGCGCGGAUCCGGCGCAUCCGGGCGCGCUGGUGGGUGGCCUACACGCUCCUGCACAACCCCUCGCUGACCGUUUCCCGAAAAACCGCGCUGGCCGAUCCCGCGGCCAACGGCGCCCAGCUCGGCGUUUCCAGGCCCUGAAUUCCCGGGAAUCCCAUCCCACCUCCUAUCUCCCACCUCUGAGCUCCUUCCCAGCCUCCGGACUCUCUCCGAGGG